CCUGUCUUCUCAGAGCCGACUGACUGUAGUUGAGCCUUCAGCCGAGUUUCUGUUGAUAGAACAGCAUGACAAUGAUCAACGCACGGUCCUUACUCAUUGGUCCGCGUAUGCCUAUUUAACGUCAGUUAACCGUCCUUGUUCAAGUUAGAGUAAAGGUAUAAACCUGUGACGCUACCUUAGCCACCUAGACUGUUGUUGUACACACAUACACACAGUGAUGAUGUCAGGGCGAAAACGUACAGGUGGGGAGACACAGACAAAGUCAGCACCCAAACGUGCCAAGAAAUCUGUUCCCAGAGAGCAUAUUGCAGAACCAUGUGAUAACUGUAGACACCAUUUGGGCCAAACUCAGGGUUCUCCUAACGUGAGAUGUCUGCAUCUCCAGGAGCAUUACAAAUACAAGGACCAUCUUAAAAAACUCUUUGGAGGCAUAUAUAAUGAUGGAUCUCUAUCGGUAAUUCUUAACUUUGAAGGAAAAAACUCUAUCCCAGAUGUUCAUGAUGUAAUCAGAACUACGGAAGAGGUUCUCAAGAAGCAUCAAUGUGAGGUGCAGGGAAAAGAGCUAACUCCCUCAUAUGUAAUGCUGAUAGAUACAUCGUGUCCUUUGUGCGCCAAAUGCGUCUCAGAAGUCAGAAAAGGUGCUACGGGACAAGUGCUGAGUAUGCACAUGGACAUAGCAGCUGUCAACAGUAAAUCAAAGAAACAGAAAGAAGAGAAUCCUGAGCUCACUGAAGAACGGAUAGAAGUUAUGAAUCACUUCAUGCGAAAUGUUUGUGCUCUACAAAACAUUUCUGGUGGCGGGAGUAUUAUUGUACAUUUUGUUGGUAAGGACGAGGCCGAUCCUGGAACAUACAUUGGAUGGUUUGAUGAGAUGGUUAAUACAAAACUGAAUGGACUUUUACCCCCGGGUGAACUAUUUUUUAAUAACUUCAAACGGAAACGUUUGGAAGAUUAUGGCUAUGUGAUACAGUUUGACGUUGCUUCAAACAGCACAUUAUCCACUGUGGACAUGAAGACGAAAGUGCCUUUGGAUGACUGUUUUCUUGAUCUUGAUCUGGCAAGUCUUGGAACAUUCAUGAGAGACCUGCCAUCAAAAAGUCAGACGGUCGGGACCAGGCUACAACUUCAGACAGGACAUACCACGUUUGAUGAUCUGCAUGAAAGUAGACAUGUACAGCUGAAGCAAUUUCCUCACAAAUAUCGAUUGGCUAGUGCCACAGACAAAGCGAACAUAAUCUGGAACAGCCUGAAGUUAGGUGAAACCAUCAGUGCUUUUUCCAAACAGGAUGAGGGUGGAACCUAUUACUGUGGGAUACGUGAAAAAGUUAGAUUCCUAAGACGAUACAAAACAAUAUCUUCUGAGGUAUCAGGAAUUCCUUUGGAACAAGAAGAAGAAACCAGCUUGAAGACGAAUCUGAAGGAGAAGAUUGAGAGGGAAAUGGUUGCAGUGAAUGGAAACUUUGAUGUUGAUACAGAGAAAUUAUCAGUCAGCAUCGAUACAAAAGAUCACAAUCAAAAGAAGAUUCUUGUUGUCAACGUUCCUGCUUAUCCAGGACUUGUAUUUUAUGAUGAACGUGGACCAGUGUCAUAUAAAUAUGAUGAGGAUGUUGACAUUGUGAGACCACUGGAGUUAGCUGAGUGGUGUAAAGCAAUAAAAAAUCAAAACAUAUAAAGAAUAGUUUCAAACCUCAGAUGAAAU